AUGGAUACCACAAAGCUUAACCACUCGAAACUCGGAACCAAAGAGUAUUGGAACAGCUUCUACGAGCUGGAACAGGAAAACUUCUCGAAGAACCCGGAAGACACAGGAGAAUGCUGGUUCUCCGACUCGGGGGCAGAAGAGAAGAUGGUGGACUUUGUGUUUUCGAACCUGGACCCUUCCAUCAGUGUCUGCGAUCUGGGCACUGGUAAUGGCCAUCUUUUGUUUGAAAUCUUGCAAGAGGGAUGGCAGGGUCAACUUGUGGGAGUUGACUAUAGCGAUACCAGUGUGAAAUUUGCUAAAGACAUUGCCACCGCCAAUGAAUUUAACGUUGAGUUUUCACAGAGCGACAUUCUUAACGCAAACGAUCCGUUUUUGAGUUCCAACACGGAAAAGUUUGAUCUGGUACUUGAUAAGGGUACUUUGGACGCUAUUGCACUGAGCGAGGCCGAUUAUGAUGGUCAGAGCGGUCAGCAGGUGUAUCCGCAAACGGUCAAACAAUUGGUAAAGAAAGGUGGCAUUCUCUUGAUCACCUCUUGCAACUUCACUCAAGAAGAGCUGAUUCGCGUCAUCACAGCUUAUAACUCGUUUGAAGUUUGGAAAACAGUGAAAUACCCCGUUUUCCAGUUUGGCGGCGUGAAAGGAUCGACAAUAUGCACUGUAGCAUUCAAAAGGAUAGCAUAA